AUGGAAGCUUUGGUCAAGAAAAGGGAGAAUUUACAGAAAAAAAGAACUGGGUUCGUCAAGUCUUUGGCUGAUAAUGGGGCUGGAAGUGAGUCACUCACCGAUUCGAGUGGUGAGUCCAGGGAGAGCAGUUCGAGUAGAUCGAGCUCUGAGACUUCCACUGAGGAAGUGAAAAGAAAAGGGCCUUCAUCACCGCCUCUGUUGGGCUGGCCUAUAAGAAAAGCUGAACUGUGCAAAAAUUCGGUUGCUGCAGAUGUGGGUGAAACAGAACAAAAAGCCCAUGCUGAUGAUUCGAAGUUUAAGGAUUUGGCUUCGAAAAUUGCAGAGAUGGAUAUGAUGAGAGAGAGAUUUUCAAAAUUGUUGCUUGGGGAAGACAUGUCAGGGUCUGGUAAAGGGGUUUGCACAGCGAUGGCUAUUUCAAAUGCCAUUACGAAUCUUUGUGCUUCCAUUUUUGGGCAACUGUGGAGAUUGGAACCCUUGCCUGCUGAAAAGAAAUCAAUGUGGAGAAGAGAGAUGGAAUGGCUAAUUUGUGUUAGUGAUCAUAUUGUCGAAUUGAUACCCUCUUGGCAAACAUUUCCUGAUGGAAAAAAGCUAGAGGUCAUGACUUGCAGGCCCAGAUCAGAUCUUUUUAUGAAUCUGCCAGCACUGCGUAAGCUAGACAAUAUGCUUCUUGACAUAUUAGAUAGUUUCACCAAUACAGAGUUCUGGUAUGUCGAUCAAGGAGUUAUAGCACCAGAAGCAGAUGGCUCAGCCUCUUUCCGCAAAACACUCCAACGGCAAGAGGAGAAGUGGUGGCUACCUGUACCUCGUGUGGCAGCCGAUGGUCUCAGUGAAAAUUCAAGAAAGCAGUUGCAUCACACACGGGAAUGCACAAAUCAAAUACUAAAAGCUGCUAUGGCUAUCAACAGCAUUACUCUAGCAGAAAUGGAAGUUCCAGAGUCGUACAUGGAAACUCUCCCCAAGAAUGGGAGGGCCUGUCUUGGGGACAUAAUUUACCGGUAUAUUACAUCAGAUAAGUUCUCCCCGGAGUUUCUGCUUGAUUGCCUUGACCUGUCCAGUGAACAUGUUGCUCUCGAGAUUGCAAACCGUGUUGAAGCCUCAAUAUUUGUCUGGCGUCGAAGAGCUCACUCAAAGCCUCCGCCUAAUCCAAACCGCUCCACUACAAAGUCAUCAUGGGAGAUGGUAAAGGACCUAGUGAUUGAUGUGGAUAAGAGAGAACUGCUGGCAGAAAGAGCUGAAAGCCUCCUGCUUUCCUUGAAGCAGCGGUUUCCUUGUCUUACCCAAACUAUCUUGGAUACGAGCAAGAUUCAGUGCAACAAGGAUGUUGGGAAAUCCAUUCUUGAAAGCUAUUCAAGAGUUCUGGAGAGCCUGGCAUUUAACAUUGUGGCUCGCAUCGAUGAUUUACUAUAUGUGGAUGACUUGGCUAAACAGACUGAUAGAUUGUCAUCAGUGGCUACAGUCAGUGUAAUUACUCGCAAGAAGGUUCCAGUCCAGUAUUCGGUGCCUCCCUCAAGCACUCCUCAGAAAAGAGCUUCUGCUAACUUUUCACCUGUACCUUUAAUUAGCCCUGCAAGGGGAGAAAGGACUCCUUUUCUCCACACUAGUAACAACAGGGACAAGCCUCCCCGUCGCGGCUUGGGAGUGAGAAGAGUCUUGACAAAUUAUCUUGGCGUUGAAACAAAAGCAAGAAUCUGCAGCAACACAAUGGAAGGGUCUGUUUCGAUACCAAACUUACAAGGCACAGAAAAUUUGGAUCGUCAGAAGGACUCAUCACACCAAAAUGGGAGAAAAUCACAUCAAGUUGACCGCUGA